AUGGAUAGUCCGUCCGCGGCUGCGUCGUCGUCCUACGCCAAGCUGGCGGACACGUACAAGAAGGCGGCGGCCACUGCGGCCUCAUUGACCGCGUACGCCGUGCUGGCGCGCGGCAUGGCGCACGAGCUCCUGCCGCACGACCUGCGCGCCGUGCUCAGCUGGGGCGCCUCGCUCGUCCGCGCGCGGCUCGAGCUCCCGCCCGCCGAGCGCCGCACCGUCGUCGUCAGGCGCAUCGAAGGAGGCGGCGUGAACUGCGUCAAGUUCAACACCUUCUACGACGACGUGCAGGCGUACCUCGCCACCAGGAUCGACCCAUGGUCCAUGAGCCGGAUCUGCCUCAGCGGCGGCGGCUCUAGGAAGGUCAUGUCCAUGGACGGCGGCGACUCCAUGACGGACGUCUUCGAGGGCGUCCACUUCAGGUGGAAGUCUGUCGCGCAGGAUGGCCGGCACACGCCAGACUCGCUGGAGCUCAGCUUCGACGCAGAGCAUACGGACAUGGCGCUCGGCAGGUACGUGCCCUCGAUCACGGCCGUGUUGGAGCAGGCGCGGUGCCGGGACUGCCCGCUCAAGAUCUUCAUGAACGAGGGCAUUUCGUGGCGCGGGAUCAGCCACAAGCACCCGGCCACGUUCGACACGCUCGCCAUGGACCCGCCCAUCAAGCAGGCCGUCGUCGCCGACCUGGACAGGUUCCUGAAGCGGAAGGAGUACUACCGGAGGAUCGGCAAGGCGUGGAAGCGCGGUUACCUUCUCUACGGCCCGCCCGGCACCGGCAAGUCCAGUUUGGUCGCCGCCGUGGCCAACCACCUCCGCUUCAACCUCUACGAUCUCGACCUCUCCCAGGUGUGCUACAACGGGGCGCUGCAGCAGCUGCUCAUCGGCAUGCCCAACAAGUCCAUCCUCGUCAUAGAGGACAUCGACUGCUGCUUCAGCGCCACAUCCAGGACGCCGGCGCGUGCCCAGGAUGGCAAGAAGCCAGCACGUACCCAGGACGGUGAUAAGCCGGCAGGUACCCAGGACGGCGAUGAUGCUGACGAUGACCCCGACGGCUGCUCAAGCAGGCAGCAGAACAUAACGCUGUCGGGCUUGCUCAACUUCAUCGACGGGCUAUGGUCGACGAGCGGCGAGGAGCGCAUCAUCAUCUUCACCACCAACUACAAGGACCGCCUCGACCCGGCGCUGCUGCGGCCGGGGCGCAUGGACAUGCACAUCUACAUGGGAUUCUGCUGCUGGGAAGCAUUCAAGACGCUGGCCCGGAACUACUUCCUCGUCGACGACCACGCGCUGUUCCAGGAGAUACAGGGACUGCUUGCCGAAGUGGAGGUGACGCCGGCCGAGGUGUCGGAGAUGCUGCUGCGGGACGAGGACGUCGACGUCGCGCUCCAGGGGCUCGUGGAGUUCCUCACGGAGAAGAAGCGGGGAGAGAAAGAUGCAGGGGAGGCAUGA